UAUCUAUAAAUAUCGCGUUUUCUUUUCAAUUUUUACGAAGGUAUAUAAGAGAGAAACAGGUAAAGGAAACAUAUAAGCUACCCUUUAAGACGUCUAUCAGCUACGAUAAAAAUGAAAUACCUUGGCAUUAUUCUCAUGUCAAGCUUGACAUUUAUUUUGUCACCAUGUAGAUGUAACAUUUUAAGCGCAAUUCUGCCCCAACUAAAGGCCACAGAACAGAUAGUCACAACAGGCUCUCCACAACAGACAGGAUUAACAGGUUCUCCACAACAGACAGGAUUAACAGGAUCUCCACAGCAGACAGGAUUAACAGGAUCUCCACAGCAGACAGGAUUAACCACAGACUCUCUACACCAAACAGGAUUAACAACUGACUCUUUACAGUCGUCAGGAUUAACAACAGACUCUUUACAGUCGACAGGAUUAACAACAGACUCUUCACAGUCGACAGGAUUAACAACAGACUCUCCCCUACAGACAGGAUUAGCAACAGACUCUCCACAACAGACAGGAUUACCAACAGAUCCUCCCCAACAGACAGGAUUACCAACAGACUCUCCAUAACAGAUAGAAUUUACAACUGUCAACCUACUAAUAACUGGAAUUCCAGGAAAAGGCCUUAAAUAACAAGCAGGAUUCAUAACAGGCUCUUCACGACAAACUGAAUAAUCAAAGAAAAAUCAAUGGAAAAUAAGAUUUUAUUAAUGACGAAUUUGAUAACGGUUUCUUUCAGUAUUAUUCUAAAAAAAUUUGAAAAUACAAAAUUUUGAGCAUUUAAAGAA